AUGGCUAUAGUGUUGCGAUUUGUUGACAAAGAAGGUCUUAUUCAGGAGCGCUUUUUUGGGCUUGUUCAUGUAGGACAAGGAUAUGAUGGUGCAAGUAACAUGCAAGGUGAAUGGAAUGGGUUACAAGCUUUGAUUUUGAAUGAUUGCCCAUAUGCUUACUAUGUUCAUUGUUUAGCACAUCGAUUACAAUUGGCAUUAAUUGCAUCAUCAAGAGAAGUUAUUCAUGUUCACCACUUUUUCACUAAAUUGACUUCUAUUGUCAAUAUUGUUGGUGCUUCAUGCAAGCGUAAUGAUGAACUGAAAAAUGCUCAAGCUGCUGAAAUUGAGCACAUGAUUGCAAUUGAUGAGCUCAAGACUGGGAAAGGAAUGAACCAAAUUGGCACCUUACAACGUGCUGGUGAUACUCGUUGGGGUUCUCAUUUGAAAUCAAUUACUAGCUUGGUAAAUAUGUUUAGUGCAACAUGCAUAGUUCUAAUUAAUAUAAUUGAUAACGGAACUACUUAUUCUCAACGAGGAGAUGCUGAUGCAGCUUAUGAGGCAAUGACUUCAUAUUAA